GGAUCCGUACUGGGUCGGGCUUCAACAACAAUCCGGGAGAAGUCUCUGAAAGUAACGGGGAGAGGGACAGCCAGCAAUGGCGACCGUGCAGGCGGUGAUGGGGAACCUGACGGUGGCGGAGCGGGGAGUUCUGACGGCGGUGAAUACCGGCGGGUCGAGCCUGUCGUUGUUGGGUUCCGGAUUCAUAGUGCUCUGCUAUUUGCUCUUCAAGGAGCUCCGAAAGUUCUCCUUCAAGCUCGUCUUCUUCCUCGCCCUCUCUGAUAUGUGCUGCAGUUUCUUCAGCAUAAUUGGGGAUCCUUCCAAAGGGUUCUUUUGUUAUGCACAGGGUUACACAACACAUUUCUUCUGUGUAGCCUCUUUUCUUUGGACUACUACAAUUGCUUUUACCCUUCACCGAACUGUUGUUAGACAUAAAACUGAUGUUGAAGAUUUGGAACCUAUGUUUCAUUUAUAUGUUUGGGGAACUUCAAUUGUCAUGACAGUUAUUCGCUCUAUUGGCAAUGACCAUAGGCAUAUAACUCGCCUAGGCACCUUGUGUUGGGCACAAACAGGGCGUGCAGGAAAGGUAGUUCACUUUGUUACUUUUUAUGCACCUCUCUGGGCUGCAAUUCUCUUUAAUGGAAUCACAUACUUUCAAGUAAUACGGAUGCUUAACAAUGCAACUCGUAUGGCAGCCGGCGUGUCAGAUGCUCGGCCAGAUAUGAAGGCGAUGAAUCGAUGGGGGUACUAUCCACUUAUCCUUAUAGGUUCGUGGUUUUUCGGUACAAUAAAUCGCAUUCACGAUUUUAUUGAGCCAGACCAGAAAAUAUUUUGGCUCUCAGUACUUGACGUUGGCAUGGCUGCACUAAUGGGUCUCUUCAACUCAAUAGCAUAUGGCCUCAACUCGUCAGUGCGACGGGCAAUUUAUGAAAGACUAGACCUAUUGCCGGAAGUCCUGCGCAGAUGGUUCCCCAAGAGCUUGAGGUCAAGGGGGGGCCAACAGCAAGAGAGUGAACUAAUCCCAAUAAGAGUUGAGAAUCACCCAUAGUCUAUACUUGUGAAGAGUGAACUCUAGUUCCACUGCCAACGUGAUCGGGGAGUCCUAAAGAAAACUAGCGAGUGAAGCUACCCGUCCUGUUUCUUUCGGUUCUCCCUUUGUAAAGAGAGUAUAAAUGGUCUGCUCCCACUCUUGAAUGUUUCGUUCAGUUCUUCUCUUCGGUUUACGGAUGUUAAAUCUGAACCGAUCUCCUCUGUUUGGAGCCGGAUCAUGGGAUAGUUGUCGUUUUCUGAUCUAUUGGGCGAAUCAACAGUUUCCAGUUUUUCGUCACUCUUUAGAAGGCAUCUGCAGAUGGAUAUGGAAAUAUGGUGACAAACUGAUGAUCAAGAAUAGCAAGGAUCUUCAUUACUGAUAUAUCUGUAGUAGUGAUUUUGUUUAUGAAUUAUGAUUAAACCCAGUUUAGGGUAAAAGCCAGCUUAGUAAAAGCUAUCCAUGAAGUGUUUAUUUUGCAUUUAAAAAACCUGUCUGUUUGUU